CUAAUUCAAAGUGAGCCACAUUGCAACAUCCCAUGAAUCCAAACUAAUUUUCUUUUCAUCAAAUACCUCUGAUCUCUGAUUCUCUAAGCUCCCUCACCCAAGAAUAUCAUGUCUUCCAAAGUAUCAUCAUUAGGAGUGGAAAGUCUCUUCAAGCCAACCUCAUUCUUUCAUAUCAAGCUAUGGAUUUUGGUUCUACUCAUUUUCUCCUUAGCAACUGUCAUUAUCAUCAUCAUAUAUCUCUACUUGAUUCUAUGUGGUAGGCACAAAUCUUACAAAGCUAGAUAUCGUAUCUCAUCUCCCAACGUUGGCCAAAGUGCUUACAACAACACUUCAUCCCUUGAUAGAAGACUACUCUCUCGUAACCUCUCAGAGUGUGAAACGAUGGGCUUUAGAUAUGGGCCGGCUAUGUCAGGCCAAUGGAGUACUCGGACUAGUUGUGUUGCCAGUGAUGUAGAAUCGUUGGUGGCCCGGCCCAGGGAUGCAGGGAAGAAAAUGUUUAGCAUGAAUGAGAUUGAUGUGGCAACAAAUGGGUUCGCUAGAGAAAAUGUCAUUGGUAAUGGAGAUUAUGGAACUGUUUAUUGUGGUGUUUUGUUUGAUAAUACUCGUGUUGCAGUGAAGAAGUUACUGACAAACAGUUGCCACCUCGAGGAAUUUAUAGCACAAGUGGAGGCAAUUGGACAUGUCAGACACAAAAACCUUGUGAAGCUGCUUGGUUACUGUCUAGAAGGAGUUCACAGGAUACUUGUGUACGAAUAUGUAGACAAUAAUAAUUUGCAGCAUUGGCUUCAUCAAUGCCCUCAACAAAUCAGACUGAGUUGGAGCAUGAGGAUGAACAUAAUACAAGGAAUAGCAAAAGGAUUGGCUUACCUUCACGAGGGCAUCGAACAAAAAAUCCUCCACAGAAGCUUAAAAUCGAGUAACAUCAUGCUUGAUCACCAAUUCAAUCCAAAGAUUACUGAUUUUUCACUUGCAAACCUCUUUGGGCCGCGGUGGGGAUAUUCAAUCAUGGAAUCAUUAGGUUACCUAGCUCCGGAAUAUGAUGAUGUAUCAUCUCCUAUAACUUUCACUGAGAAACAUGAUGUUUAUAGCUUUGGAAUUCUUAUCAUGGAAAUCAUAACAGGGAGGCUCCCAAUAGAUCACCAUGAAUCUCAUCCAUAUCUGGUGGAGUGGCUAAAGUCAAUGGUUGCAAUGGAAAGAACUGGUGAUGUGUUAGACCCAAGUUUGCCUGAGCUGCCUUGUUCAAUAGAACUCAAAAGAAUUCUAUUGAUAGCUCUUCGUUGUGUUGAUCUUGAUGAGGAUCACAGGCCUAAUAUGGGAGAUGUUAUUCACAUGCUUCAGCCUCGUGACUUGUUACUUCAACCUACUCGGUGAUGAUGAUGACAUUGAUGAGUAUAUAUAGUUACUGUUAUAAGAGCAAAAUUAUUGUUCUUCAACUAUAAGAAUGUCCUUUAAUUGUUUUUUUCUUUUUCAACUGGUGUCAAUUAUUUGCUCCUAUAACAUGAGAAUUGUCAGCUAAAGUGAGGGACUUCUCAAACCAAUGUGGUCCACAAGACAGUCAGAAUGCUACAAUAAAAGUUCAA